AUGGUCUCCAUGGCGCAUCUGCAGGAGGAGAAGCUGCGGCUGCAGGAGGAACUGCUGGGGCUGCAAGAGAAGCUCACUGCCCGUGAAAGUGAUGAGCUCUCCCUCUCACUCCAGCUGCAAGGCCAGGUGGAGACACUGAAGGGGAAGCUUCUGGAGCAGGCACAGGAGAUCAGCCGGCUGCACUCGGAGCUGGGUGGCACGGACACGGAGAAGCACCGGGACCUGCUGGCAGCAGAGAACGAGCAGCUGCGGCAGGAGAUGAAGGCCAUGGAAGGGGAGCUGCGGGAGCUGCGGCGGCUGCCGGCACCGUGCCAGGACUGUGCCCACCUCCAGGAGAACACUGAGCUGCAGGAGCAGCUGUCCCAGCUGCAGCGGGAGGCAGAGGACAUGCGGGCCAGGCUGGCCGAGCUGGAUGUGGAGGUGCAGCAGAAGACCAACCGCUUGGCUGAGGUGGAGCUGCGGCUCAAGGACUCCCUGGCUGAGAGGGCAGAGGAGGAGGAGCGACUCAGCCGGCGGCUGCGGGACAGCCAGGAGACCAUCGCCAGCCUCAAGUCCCAGCCCCAGCAGAUAAAGUAUAUCAUCAAAACGGUGGAGGUGGAGUCAGCCAAGACAAAGCAAGCCCUAUGCGAGAGCCAGUCCCGAAACCAGUACCUGCAGGAGCAGGUGGGGAUGCAGCGGCAGGUGCUGAAGGAGAUGGAGCAGCAGCUGCAGAGCUCCCAGAAGACGGUGGCUCAGCUCCGAGCUCAGAUCACCAUGUAUGAGACCGAGCUGGAGCGAGCCCAUGGACAGAUGCUGGAGGAGAUGCAGGCGAUGGAGGAGGAGAAGAACCGUGCCAUCGAAGAAGCGUUCUCCCGCGCCCAAGUGGAGAUGAAGGCAGUACACGAGAACCUGGCAGGUGUCCGGACCAACCUGCUGACGCUGCAGCCAGCGCUGCGCACCCUCACCCAUGACUACAACAGCCUGAAGCGGCAGGUCCGCAACUUCCCCCUACUCCUGCAGGAGACCCUGCGGAAUGCCAAGGCCGAGAUCGGCCAGGCCAUCGAGGAGGUGCACAGCACCAAUCGGGAGCUGCUGCGCAAGUACCGGCGAGAGCUGCAGCUCCGGAAGAAGUGUCACAACGACCUGGUGCGGCUGAAAGGAAACAUCCGUGUUUUUGGGCGAGUCCGCCCCAUCACGAAGGAGGAUGGUGAGGGCCCAGAGGCAACCAGUGUGGUGACCUUUGACGCUGACGAUGAUGCUGUCCUGCACCUCCUGCACAAGGGGAAGCAGGUCUCCUUCGAGCUGGAUAAGGUCUUUCCACCACAGGCAUCCCAGGAGGAGGUGUUUCAGGAGGUUCAAGCCCUGGUCACCUCCUGCAUCGAUGGCUACAACGUCUGCAUCUUUGCCUAUGGGCAAACUGGGGCAGGAAAAACCUACACCAUGGAGGGAACAGCAGCAAACCCAGGGAUCAACCAGCGGGCCCUGCAGCUCCUCUUCUCCGAGGUGCGAGGCAAGGCGGCCGACUGGGACUACAGCAUCAGCGUCAGCGCUGCCGAGAUUUACAACGAGUCGCUCAGGGACUUGCUGGGGAAAGAGCCGCAGGAGAAGCUGGAGAUCAAACUGUGCCCCGAUGGCAGCGGGCAGCUCUAUGUGCCCGGGCUGACCGAGUUCAGAGUGCAGAGUGUGGAGGACAUCAACAAGGUCUUCGAGUUUGGCCAUGUCAACCGUGCGACAGAGUGCACCAACCUGAACGAGCACAGCUCCCGCUCCCACGCCCUCCUCAUCAUCACCGUCCAUGGCCUGGACCGCAGCACAGGGCUCCGCACCACAGGGAAGCUGAACCUGGUGGACCUGGCGGGGUCGGAGCGGGUGGGGCGGUCGGGCGCGGAGGGCAGCCGGCUCCGUGAGGCCCAGCACAUCAACAAGUCCCUCUCAGCACUGGGAGAUGUCAUUUAUGCCCUGCGCUCCCGACAGGGCCAUGUGCCCUUCCGCAACUCCAAGCUCACCUACCUGCUGCAGGACUCGCUCAGUGGUGACAGCAAGACCCUUAUGAUGGUGCAGGUGUCCCCGGCCGAGAAGAACACCAGCGAGACUCUCUGCUCCCUGAAGUUUGCUGAGAGAGUUCGCUCCGUGGAGCUGGGCCCUGUCUCCCGCAAGGCUGAGCUGGUCUCCUGGCCCAGCCAGGAGCACCUCCCUGGGCAACCUCUCUGUUGGACUGCAGCCCCUCCUGGCCGGGCCCACACGUCCCCCAGCCCUGGGCAGCUCUCGAGCCGCUCUGCCUCCAUCCGCAGGAAGCUCCAGACCUCAGGUGAGUCCUAG